CACCAGUUGGUUAUAAGUUCUCAUCACAAUGACAGAUCGUCAGAAUCGUCCCGGCCAGAAGACUGGCUCAGGAGCUCCUAUGACGGCUCAAGAGGCUGCUAUGGAUAGGAGGGAGAGGCUGAGGAGGCUUGCUAUGGAAACGGUUGACUUGUCGAAAGAUCCGUAUCUUCUACGUAACCAUCUAGGCACAUAUGAAUGCAAAUUGUGUUUGACAUUGCAUACUAACGAGGGCAGUUAUUUGGCACAUACUCAAGGGAAGAAACAUCAGGUUAACCUGGCAAGAAGGGCAGCUAAGGAUGCUAUGGUUGGAGUUCCAGCACCGAUACCGGGGGAGGGCGAUGGACCAUAUGGCGCACAGGGACUUCAUAAAAAAUCGGUAGCGCCUAGAAUAGGUCGGCCGGGAUAUAGGGUUACGAAGCAGAGGGAUCCUAUGACGUACCAAAAGAGUCUAUUGUUUGAAGUGGAUUACCCCGAGAUUGAUACCAAGGUCACUACAACGCCAUUAUACCGUAUCAUGUCGUGUUACGAGCAGAGAGUGGAAGAGCCCAAUAGAGACUAUCAGUAUCUUUUGAUAGCAGCCGAGCCUUAUGAGACGAUAUCAUUCAAGAUCCCAAAUCUUGAUAUUGACAGGAAUCCGGAGAAGCUCUACCAGCGUUGGGAUCCUAUUACUAAGCACUAUAUGCUGCAGUUGUGCUUCAACGAGAGAGGGGAGAAGCAGUUGCCUGCCUUGGCUGGGAAAGCGGGCCACUUCGAUCCUAUAGGCGUGAGGGGUUGAGACGUUCGAGGAGAUAGUUGGUUUAGA